GAUAACUGAAAAAGAAGUGAUUGGAAGAAAAGCGCUACAUUUGACGAUAGUUCUCGUGUUAUGGAGAACUAGGAGGAAAUCAUGAAUCAGCUGUGUUUGAAGACAGACUACAUGGUAAUGGAGAUGUGGAGAUAAACGACAACCUGUUGAAUGAGAAUUUUGUGAGAAAUUUUGAAGAAGAGGAGAGUCCAUGGCAGAAUGGCCAUUAUAAGCCUGUCUCAGAGAUUGUCGCCUAUUACAGAAGUCUAGGGGAUUGGUGGAACGUUCUCCCCAAAACCGACUACACCUACAACCCCAUGUCGAAGUGGUACAGGAAGGAGAUUGCUCCUGGCAUACCCAUGAUACCAAAUAUGGCCAGACCACCCCUACACCCAUAUACACCUAAGGCAUCGUUUUUUGGAUGGUUCACCAGAGAACAAACAAACACAAGGUCAUCUGCGAGAGAUAACAGUGUGUCAUCCAGCUGUUCGUCAGCUGUUAAGGUUUCGUGGUAUCGUCGGCUGGUGACCACAGUUGUGACAGCUGUCACCACAAUUUGGGUGACAGUCACAAGUGUCACCCACAUCACAGCUGGCAGAACGCACAAUGUGAACGGGAUACAUACACAACGCCUCAAAGGUCGUCAGCUGUUCCAAGAGUCAAACACCUGGUGGAGACUGCCUUUCGUCUGGUUGUAUAGGCUGAUGAUGAACAUACUGGCCGUUGACAUUGGAAUCCUAGCGGCUGUCAGGCGUAGUGCCAACAAGCUACGCAGUUCCAGGACGGGAGUCGAACUGGUCACCAUCUUGCUGCUUCUGUUGCCUUUGAUACUGUUUUUCGGUUUCUACCGUGACCAAUUCCCCCACCACAAGUCAUUACUUGUUGACACAGUGGAGAGCAGUAGAUCAUGGAUAUCUUCAUCUCUUUCUGGCAUCUUUGGAUUGAUACCUUCAUCUCUGUCCAACAUCUUUGGAUCGGGAUAUGAGAUGAUAUCGUCAUCUCUUUCUGGCGUUAUUGGAUGGAUAUCUUCAUCUUUCUCCAACAUCUUUGGAUCGGGAUAUGAGUUGAUAUCGUCAUCUCUUUUUGGCAUAAUUGGAUGGAUAUCUGCAACUCUGUAUAACACCUUUGGAUCGGGAUAUGAGUUGAUAUCGUCAUCUCUUUCUGGCAUACUUGGAUGGAUAUCUGCAUCUCUUUCUAGCAUCUAUGGAAGGGGAUCUGGGAUGUUUUCUUCAGUGUGUUCCUAUUGGAGCCAGUCUCAGCGUAGCUGUGAGGCGGGAUAUUUUGAUAUGUUGAUUGAUAGUAUAUCCAGCGGCCUUGUAACAGUGGGACAGUCUGCAUGGCAGUUUAUGCUGUAUUUGUAUAGUUUCCUGCUACUCUUACCAACCCUCCUGCCAUCUCCCCUCCACGGCAACCAUUGCAACUGGUUCUGUUGCCAAGAUGGCGGCCACUAAUGACCACUUGCAACCAGCAAUGAGUCGUGAACAGCUGAUUGGUAUCGUACAGGAGGCGGUUCGGAGUACACUCCAGGAAGGAGAGAUCAUCAAUAGAAGAAUUGAUAUAAUUGAAAAGGAGCUGAAUGAUCGCAUCACUAAGGUAG